UACUGUUCAUCAUUAAGACCAAACAAACCAAAUGUUUGGAUCGACUAUUUAAAACAAUAUUCACUGAUUGAUGCUAACAAACAAUUGUUUAGUCCAUUAACUAAUAGACUAUUAGCUGCCGAUGCGCUGCAAUUGUUAUAUAGUUUUUGGUUGUUGGCUGUUAUGAAUUAUACGUCAAUUAUUGGCAGCGGUUUUGUUGGUUACAGGAAUGUCCACAAUAGUUAUCUGUUAAACAUUGUCAAUGAAACCAAAUAUUUUUGGUUACGCACACUAUUUCAUAAAGAUAUGAUACUUGUCAUUAGCGGAAUUUACAUAUCGUAUGACUUUUUUGGUGACAAACAGAUUCCGUUAACAGUUUGGCAAUACAUUAGAUUUGUCGGUGAAAAGUGGUAUCGUUUAACAGUAAAAAUGUUGGCGUCAUUGCUUGUCUUUAACCUACUAUCCCUAAUUGGGUCCGGGCCAUUAUGGAACACUGGUUAUCCUACAUUUGUAGAGUCGUGUUCACAAAAUUAUUGGGCAAACCUAUUAUUUAUUAGUAAUCUAAUACACGAAUCAUCUCAAUUGUGUAAUCCCGGAACCUGGUUUAUAUUACUUAUAUUUCAAUUACAUAUAAUAUCACCGCUAUUUUUAGUGCCAUUCAAAAUAUCCCCACAUUUUGGCUAUAUAUUUAAUUUGAUUGCCUUUUUGCUAACAUGUGUUGUAAAUAUUUUACAAAAACUAUUGUUAAACUUGAAGGCUAUGCCCUACGAGGCGGCCGAAGUGCACACCGCUAUUGAGAUGAGGCAAUCAAUUAUGCGGUUAUUUGGUUUUCCCGACCAAUACAUCUCUAUAUUUAUUGUGGGCAUUGUGUUUGGUUAUAUUAUGCGAAACAAAAAUCAACUUGAUAAUUUAGUGAAAAACAUACAUGUCAAAUUUGUUAACUCAAUUAUAUGCUAUUCAUUGUUUAUUGCGGUCAUAGCUUGGAGUGAAAACUUUAAAGAUAUGAAUGUCAUUCAAAAUAAAUACAAUUUUAAUUUAUGGUUCACUUUCGGUAAAGUUUUUUGGACUAUUGCUAACUUAUGGCUUAUGUAUGAUGUGCUCAGCAAAGAUAUGUUUCAAGUUUUAUUAUCAUCUUCACUAUUUGGUGUAAUAUUGAGGUUGUCUUAUGGUAUAUUAUUAAUUGGUCCAAUAGUUAUUGGCUAUAGAAAGCUAACAUUACGCGAUACUGUGCCUUUAAGACAUUCAGCUCAGAUUGAGCAUCUAAUUAUGGACAUAGCCUUGAUGAUUGUCAUCUCAUAUUUAAUGUACAUUUUUAUUGAAUAUCCAUUAAUCAAAUUGUUGAAUAUAUUUAAAAAUAAAAAAUUAGAUAAAAAACAAAAUAAUUUAAUCGUAAAAUCUACUCAAACGGCUAUCGAUGAAAACAGUAUGCUAUCAAAUAAAAGUGGGUCACAGUUAAGAAUUUAUUGA